UUUUGUGUUAUUUAGCUUUCUCGAGAUCCGAUAUAAUGUUAUUUACUAGUCAGUCAAUUCUAGGUUUCUUGGUUUUGAGAAGUGAUCUUUCGCAAUUUUGAAACUUUUUAUUCGAAUCGUUUGAAUUCUGUUUUUUUUUUUAAUGGGUUUGAAUCAUAAUUUUAUGUUCAUAAGAAACUUGUCUUUUUGUGUUCUGGAUCACUCUGCAUGGCUCUAGAAAGAUGAAUUUUGGGUUGCCUGGUAUUUCUUGGUUUGGCAGCAUCAGUUCGAAGAAGGAUGUACCUAUGAUUGAAACCGUGACAUCGACAACGUCUCUUGUGGAACAGCCAGAGCAAAGGAAAGCAACAAUGUCUAUCCUGGAACAGCCAGAGCAAGGGAAAUCGACAAUGUCUAUCCUGGAACAGCCAAAGCAAGGGAAAGGAUUGUUUGAUAUCAAAAUAUGGACCUGGUCCUUUAGUUCAGCACUUCCUUGGGCUGCAAAUGCUGCUGAUGGAAAGCAGAAACCUACAACUAUAAAUAGAGGGCUAAAAAGGCAUGCCCUUUCUCGAAGGUCCUCGAGAUCCAACGCUGUGAAUACUGUUUAUCGGUUUAGACCUUAUGUUUCGAAGGUUCCCUGGCACACAGGAACAAGGGCGUUUCUCUCACAGCUUUUCCCGAGAUACGGACAUUAUUGUGGACCCAACUGGUCUAGUGGGAAAGAUGGGGGUUCCAUGGUGUGGGAUCAGAGACCUAUUGACUGGUUAGAUCAUUGCUGUUAUUGCCAUGAUAUUGGUUAUGAUACUCAUGACCAGGCAGAGUUGCUCAAAGCUGACAUGGCGUUUCUUGAGUGUUUGGAAUCAAACAAGCGCAUAGUUACAAGGGGAGAUGCUCAAGUUGCUCACUUUUACAAAACGAUGUGCAUAACAGGUCUAAAGAGCAUACUGAUACCUUAUAGAAGCUACCUUGUCAAGAUACAAUAUGGGCAAAAUUUACUCGACUUUGGCUGGUUAAUGAGCAACCUCAGCAAGAGAAACUGGAGUUUUCAGAAGAUUGAGACAUAAUGAAGCAAAUCAGAGUUACUCUGCAAUCCCUGUAAGCCUUUCGGGUGUCUUCGCUUUCGUUUUGUACAUAGAAGUCGUAAAGAGAAGGAAUCUGAGAAUUAGGUUCGGUAGUAUAGAUAAAUAUAUAUAUGAAAAUGUGAAACGCUAGUAAGUGGUGUGUCUUUUAAACCCGUUGUGUAUGUUUGGUAAUAAUAUGAUCCGAUCAUUUUGUUUGAAUGCAA